AUGUUUAACGAGAAUAAAGAGGAGAUUCCACAUGGUAGAGAUGAGGAAGUAUCUGAAGACGAAUUGCGUGAACAAUUAGGAAUGUUGGGUUUAGAUACCGUGGGAAAUUUUGAAGAAUUGAAAGAGAGGUUAAGUAAAUUUAAAGAAAGUCCGAUUAAAUACAUUUCCAAGGUAGGAGCUACAAUUCCUGAAAUUAGACAUGCUAUCGAUGAAUCAGUGAAACAAAAUCCUGAGUUAUCUGAGUGGAGGAAUCCGGCACCUUCGCCAUCUUCCCAAGAAUCAUCCGAGAAUACACAAAGUUUAGGUGACAAGACAAUAGCUUAUGAUCCUGAAUUGGAGUAUUAUUUGAGUGAGCAAAUGCAAAAGAAAUGGCAUCCAGAACGGCAUGUCAAUUGGGAGGCAGAUCAAGCCUUCACUUCUAGAACUAGACGUUUUUCCGAAACAGAAUCUCCUCUCGGUCAAUCUUCCCAAGAACCAGCUUCUCAAGGCUAUCACACUUCCACUCUCACUCCCUUGAACUCUGCUUACUAUUCCUCGUUGAGUAGGGCAGUAGAACAGGCUAGGAAUUGGGGGAUGAAAUUCGCUGGAAAGCCGUUCGAAGAUGGGGAAAAUUUCCUGACAGAAUUCGUUGAGAGGUGCAAUAGCAGAAGAAUAAGGGAGGGGGAUAGAUGCCAUAUCCUCUCAGAAGUAUUGACUGAUAAGGCAUUAUUGUGGUUCAGACGUAAAAGAUUCACUGAGUUGAGUUGGUUAGAUUUCGAGUAUCAAUUUCACAAGACCUUCUCCAAGGGGGGCACUGGAGCCACCCUUCAGCAGAAAAUCUGGGAUAGGAAACAACAACCUGGGGAAAGUGCUUUUGAAUAUGUCACAGCAAUGGCUGACAUGUAUGCUAGGUUGCCUAUGCCAACACCAGAAUAUAUGCAGCUCGACAAAAUUUAUCAUGGAUUUCAUGGUGACUAUUUGUUCUUUUUGAAGAGACAUCACUUUAACUCUUAUGAUGAGCUCUUGGAGAGGAAUCUGGACAUUGAGGACAAAAAAUCUAAGAAAGACAAAGUUUGUAUCAUUGACGAGCCUGAAAAUGGUAAUAAAUCAACUGAUAAAAAGAUUGAUAAGACUUCAACUCCCACUUUUGGUACGGGAAACAAGUCGAAUCCAACAAAACCUAAAUUAGAAGUAAAUAACAAGAGUAAUCCUUUGUCAAAACCAAAGCCACCCACGACUCCAGCUAAACCAAUUCAACCUGAGGCCAGGGAGAGUACUCCAAAAGUUUCUGAGAAGAUUCCUUCAGGAUCUUCCCAGAAUACUCCUCUAGAUGAGGAACAAAAAAGUUCAAAUCAGUCGGUCAAGACUGGAACUUUUGAUGAAAUUGUAGUUAUUGGUGAUGACAAAGUUACUCGGACUUUGUCUAACCCUCGAUCUACCCUAAAAAAGGGGCAGAGGGAUUCAGAUCAGCCGGUGGAGGCUGGAACCUCUGGCAUUGAGAAAUUUAAGUUGAAGCAUGAGAGGAGUCAAAUAGAAUCCUUCCCUGGAUUUGCUUCCCCUAAAUUUUUUAUAAAUAAGGGGCAGAACAGUUCAGAUCAGCCGGUAGAGGCUGGAACUUCUAAUAAGUCUAGAAGCAAUGAUGAGUCUGAUGUAGAUGACGACUCUGAGGCAGAAAUUAUAUUAGAGCCAAUUCAAAUUGGUAAUCGUGUUAUUAAAGCUUUGGUGGACACAGGAGCUUAUAGCUCCCAUUUAGGUUCUGUAGGUCAGGAGAUUGCUGAAGAAUUAGCUCUCCCGAUUUUUUCCACUCCUAAAUCAGAAGUCGUAGUAGCUAAUGGCGACAGAAUAUCAGUUUUAGGUGUCAUUCGGGUCCCAGUCACUAUUGUCGACCUAUCCAAGGUGAUGGAGUUCAAAAUUACUCCUCGUCUUACCACUGAUUGUGUGCUAGGAAUGGAUUUUGUAGUGUUGUUUGGGUUUAUCAUUGAUGGUUACACUGGGACCUGGGGUCUUCAAGGUCUCCAGGAAUGUUAUCCAUUUUUCUCUCCAGGACCUGAUGUAUCUGAAGAGGACGUUUGCUGGAUGUUAGCAGAAUUAGAUGAAGUUCAAGAAAUAAAGUUGAAGGAAUUUUUGAAAGUCAAUGUAGAGUUACCAUUACCUGACGAAUUUGGGGUAACUCAUCUGGCUGAACAUCAUAUUGAUGUUCAGGGACAUCCUCCUAUUCACCAGAGAUGUUAUCCAUUUUCUCCUCGUAUUAGAGAGGCUAUUCAUGAGGAGGUUAGGCGUAUGCUCAGUGAAGGAGUCAUUGAACUCAGCAAAAGUCCCUGGUCUAGUCCAAUUGUCAUGCACUUGAAACCCAAUAAUGCUUAUCGAUUUUGUCUAGAUUUUCGUAAAGUUAAUAGUUUCACGAAGAAGGAUGCUUAUCCAUUACCUCGUAUGGAAUCAAUUUUAGAUCGUUUGAGAGGCGCUCGAUACAUCUCCAACAUUGACCUUAGCCACGCCUAUCACCGGAUUCCCCUAGAGGAAUCCAGUAAAGAAAUUACAGCAUUCACAGUGCCAGGCAUGGGAUUAUUUCAAUUUACUCGAAUGCCCUAUAGCCUGUGCAAUGCUCCUGCGACUUUCCAAAAGCUUCUGGACAAACUCAUUGGGCCGGAAAUGGACCCCAAUGCUUUUGACUAUCUUGAUGAUAUUUUGGUAGUAACGUCAACUUUCGAAGAACAUUUCGAGAUUUUGAAAGUCGUUUUGGACAAAAUCAGAGCUGCAGGACUAGUUAUGAAUCGGGAGAAGAGUCACUUUUGUCAAUCGGAGGUAAAAUACCUCGGAUUUAUUAUUGAUCAGCAGGGAUUGAGGGUGGAUCUUGACAAAAUGGCUCCAAUUUUGAAAUAUCCUGUUCCAAUCAAUAAAAAAGAAUUACAGAGAUUUCUGGGUAUGGCAGGAUGGGAUCGGAGGUUCAUUCUCAACUUUGCUGGAAUAGCAGCCCUUCUUCAUAGCAUCACUGGCUCAAAAGCUACAUGGGAGUGGUCUGAAUCCCAACAAGAAGCUUUUGAAAUUCUUAAGGAGAAAUUGUGUUCUUCUCCGAUCCUCAGCUACCCCAAUUUUUCCAAGCCCUUUAUUCUCUAUUCAGAUGCUAGUGACAUUGGUCUGGGAGCUAUUCUCCAUCAGGAAUUUGAUGGCCAAGAACAUUUGAUAACUUAUGCUAGUAGGAAAUUAAGAGAUCCAGAAACUAGGUACACUACGAUGGAGAAAGAGUGCCUGGCUAUCAUCUGGGCAGUGCAUAAAUUCCGCCCGUACUUGGAGGGACAUGAGUUUAGUGUAGUGACAGAUCACUCUAGCUUAACAUGGUUGAAAAAUCUUAAUGAUCCAGUUGGGGGGCUAGCUAGAUGGUCGAUGAGACUUGCUGCCAUCCAGUGUAAAAUUAUUUAUAGGAAAGGGUCUUUAAAUCAAGCUCCAGACGCAUUGUCACGUAUUGAGUGGAAUUUUGAUGAAGACGAUGAGGAUAAAGAAGAUUUUGAAACGUUUUUGAUGGCUCUAGACGAUGAUAUUGAGGUAGCACGUUAUGAGGAACUGAUGGCAGAAAUUCGAGAAAAACCUGGGGAAUUUCCUAAUUAUAGACUAGUGGAAGACAAAAUCUUCGUCUUCCACCCAACACCCUUGAAGGAGGAGACUGUUGGUGAUCUCGAUUCCUGGAAGUGGUUGGUACCUCCUCAGGAACGUCGUAGAAUUCUAGUAGAAGUUCAUGAUAAUCCCAGUGCUGGUCACUUGGGAAUCACAAAGACAAUUCAAAGGGCUCGUCUUUCUUACUAUUGGCAGGGUAUGAAUGACGAUAUUAAAGGUUACGUGAAGACUUGCGAUAGGUGUCAGAGGAUUAAAGUAGUUCAGAAGAAACCAGGUGGUCUUAUGGGGGUUAGAACUUAUGGGGAACCUUGGUAUGCUGGACCCUUCACGGUUCUCGAAAUGGUCUCACCUGUCAUUGUCGAACUGGUCGAUAUUAACGGUCGGUAUGCAGGGAGACAUCACGUCUCUCGCCUCAAGCCGUAUCACACUCGUGAGGCGCCGCCCGUUGAGAAUCGCCCAGAGGUAUAG